AUGUUUACAAGAGCUCCAAUAGUAGUGAGAGCUGCUCUCGCGGGGUCGAGAGCUUCUCCAGCCAUCGCAUCUCCUAUACCAUGCAGGAAACUACACUCUAACAUCCCCCUUCAAUCCCCAAAUACUGACACAUCCACCGCCGCCCGUCCACGACGUCGUCUCAAAAAAGUACCAAUCACUCUCGAUGUCCCCGCUCCACCAACCGCCGAAGAAGCAGUCGCAAACAUGCUAUACAAUGCUCCUCCUUCCUCACGAGCUCCUGUAACACGACACAUCCUAAACUGUCUUGUAUCAAACGAACCGGGUGUCCUCUCUCGUGUAUCCGGUGUCCUAGCUGCUAGGGGAUUCAAUAUCGACUCAUUGAUUGUCGCAAGAACAGAGGUGCCUGACUUGAGUCGCAUGACGCUGGUGGUUAAUGGCCAGGAUACCGUUAUAGAGCAGGCUAGAAGGCAGCUGGAGGAUUUGGUGCCUGUAUGGGCUGUGCUGGAUUAUACGCACUCGAGGGUCGUCGAGAGGGAGUUGCUGUUGCUCAAGGUCUCGACUGUGCCUGAUUCACAUGUGGAAGAAAGGGCGGAGGAAUUUGAACAUCAUGUGGACGCAGUAAACCCCUUGAUGCAAUCCGGUCUCCAGCGACAAGCAAUCUCAGAACUAGCUCGUCUCUUCUCAGCUCGCAUAGUAGACGUCGCUCUAGAAUCCAUGGUAAUUGAAUUGACUGCAAAACCAGAUCGUAUAGAUGCAUUCUUGCAGUUGAUGAAGCCUUAUGGAAUCAGUGAAGCUGCUCGCUCAGGAUCAAUGGCUAUGCCACGCGCACCUCUUGCAUUCGACGGAUCAAGUGAAACACCAGCUAGCUCCGAUGCCGAUGUAGAUUUGACCUCAUUGCCACCAGGCUAA